AUGGAUCGUGGAUGGACCAAGUCGAUGCUGGUGGCUUUUGCUGCUUGCGCCUCGACCUCCAUUGCUUCCCCCACCGAGUUCAAAUGUACCCAUAACUCCGCUCCGAUGCAGGCCCAUUUGGCCUACUCGGGAGACCGUGGUAUGACUGUGAGUUGGAACACUUACUCCAAGCUGGAUCAUCCCUAUGUUCGCUACGGUCGCCACCCCAAUGCUCUUUGGCAGUGGGCCGAAUCAGACGUUUCGGUCACCUAUCCCACUUCGACCACCUAUAACAACCAUGUGAAGAUUACUGGUCUGGAGCCGAACACUAUGUACUAUUAUCAGCCGCAGUGUGGAAACUCCACCCAGAUCUAUACCAUGAAGACCGCCCGUGUGCCUGGUGAUAAGACCCCCUUCACCAUCGCGGUUGGCGGUGAUUUGGGCUUGAUGGGUCCCGAGGGACUCACUACCACUACUGGUCCUAAUGGAGGUAACGCACCUUUGGGUCCCAACGACAACAACACAAUUCAGUCUUUGCAGUCUAUGAAGUCAGAGUGGGAAUUCUAUUGGCACCCUGGUGACAUUGCCUACGCCGAUUACUGGUUGAAGGAAGAAGCCCAAGGCUUCCUUCCUAACUUUACUGUCAGUGAUGGACCGGCUCUGUAUGAGUCUCUCUUGAAUCAGUACUUCGAUGAGAUGAUGGCCCUGACUGCCGAUCGGCCGUACAUGGUUGGACCUGGCAACCACGACUCGAACUGUGAUAACGGCGGUACCACCGACAACGGCGUUUCUUACAACGUCAGCAUUUGCCCCGUGGGCCAGACCAACUUCACGGGCUUCCGCAACCAUUAUCGCAUGCCUAGCGAUGUAUCUGGUGGAGUCGGGAACUUCUGGUACUCCUUCGACCACGGCAUGACUCACUUCAUCCAAUUGAACACCGAGACUGAUAUUGGUGAUGGAUUUGUUGGCCCUGACGAACCCGGUUCUUCGGAAGGCAUGAACUCUGGUCCCUUUGGCUCUUACCCCAACGAGCAGAUCGAUUGGCUCAAGAAGGAUUUAGCAAAUGUGGACCGUGAGAAGACACCCUGGGUCAUUGCUGCCGUACAUCGUCCUUGGUAUGUGAGUGCCAAGAACAGCAGCUCCACGGUUUGUACCGAGUGCAAGGAUGUCUUCGAACCUCUGCUUGUUCAGUACAACGUUGAUCUGGUCAUCCAAGCCCACACCCACUUCUACGAGCGCAAUCAGCCUUUGAAUGACUAUGUCAUUGAUCCCGCCGGUCUUAACAACCCCUCAUCUCCGUGGUACAUUACCACCGCCGCCCCCGGCCACUACGACGGAUUGGACAACUUUGUUUCACCUUUAAAGCCUUACGCUGUCUACGCUGAGGAUACCGCUUACGGAUGGAGCAAGAUCACAUUCCACAACUGCACUCACAUGACUCAUGAGUUCGUGUCUAGCAGCAACAACACUAUUCUUGAUACUGCCACUCUGUUCAAGGACCGCAAGUGCGGCUCUGAAAAUGAGGCUCAUGGCUGGUUCUGA